AUGAGCUUCCAGAACGGCUACGGCGGCGGAUACGGCGGGUUCGGAGGCGGUAGCGGUGGUGGCGGGUACGCCGGAGGAGGUGGCGGGUACGGCGGCGGCGGCGGCGGCGGCGGGUAUGGCGGCCGGGGCGGGCGUCGCAAUGACCGCGGACGCGGUGGACGCGGAGGAGGGGCUGGCGGCGGUGGUCGGACUGCCCCCGAGACCACUGCUGUGCGCCUCCGCAAGAUGGUGACCAAGUUUGCCGACGACGAGGACUUUGAUGCUGUCGAGGACCCGCCCCGUCUUGCCAAGGUCCUCCGCCGUAGCUGGCGUGAGGGAUCUGCUGGCGUGCUUGAUGGGUUCCGUUUUGGUGUUACCGAGGAGCCUCACAAGCACCACCACUACGUCUCCCUCCUCCUGCACCUCGCCUACAGCCAGCCCGAGGGCGCCGCUGAGGCCGAGGACGAGACGGACGCUCAGACCGGCGAGAAGCGCAAGGCCGAGAUUGACGACACCGAGUGCGGCCGCGAGAUCCUCGAGGACCUGGGCCGGUCGUUCCGCAACGCCGUCGAGGCGCGCGAGUGGCUCUCGGCCCGCCUGCUCCUCCAGUUCCUCUCCCUCCUCGUGCCUGCUGGGCUCAUCCACCCCCAGUCCAUUCUGGAGGUGUACAAGGGCCUGCUCUCCGUCCUCAACGAGGUCGGUGGCGGCGGCGACCGUUCGGAGCGCGCUGUGCGCGCCGUCGGCGAGGGUCUCAUCCGUUCCGCAGGCUCGCUCGCCCCCGCCUUCCCCGAGGACGUCGAGGCCCUCAUCGGCAGCAUUGAGAUGUUUGUGCUUGGCCGCAAAGGCGACCGCGCGCUGUCCAACCCCUUGGCGCCCAUCCUCAAGGCGGGCGAGGAGCCUGUGCCCUACGCUGACACCCUCUCCGAGCUCCUCACUGCUCUGUACGCGCUCCGCACCUCGGACUAUGUUCCCCCCGAGGUCCUCCCGCGUCCCGCCGAGGAGGCCCCCUCCAAGUUCCCCGAGGGUGCCGUCCUCCCGGACCCGUACUCGCUCUCUUCGGUGUACAUGCCCCCUGAGAUGUACGACCCCGACGAGGAGAACCCCCAGGAGUGCGAGGGCCGUAUCGGUGGUCUCAGGCUCUUUGCCGAGGACAUUGUCCCCGUGCCCGACACGGUUGACGGCUGGACUCUGCGUAGCCUCGUCCUCGACAUGGUGUGCAUCUACGAGGUCAACCGCAAGGACGCAGCCCGCAUCCUCCUCUCGCUCUCGCGCUACGUCGCGCCCGGCACCUUCAAGUCGGAGGGUUCCGAGUCGACGUACUCUGUCGAGUCGCUCAUUGUUGGCACCAUUCUCAGCACCUUGUUCACUCUCCCCAACACUCCCCAGAAGCCCAUCUACUACGGUUCCGUCGUCACCGAACUGUGCAAGCUGAGCCCCAACACUGUCGCGCCUCCCGUCGGCCGCGCCGUCCGCAAGGUCUUUACGCACCUCGGCCAAGAUGGCCUGGACGUCGAGAUUGCCCGCCGCUGCGCCGACUGGUUCUCGGCCCACCUGAGCAACUUUGGCUUCCAGUGGAUGUGGAAGGAGUGGAUUCCCGACCUUGAGCUGCCCGCCGCGCACCCGCGUCGCGCGUUCAUGCGCCGUGUCGUCGACCUCGAGAUCCGUCUCGCGUACCACGACCGUAUCCUCCAGACCCUCCCGGACCCCAUGCUCGAGAAGGGUGCCAACGUCGUCUCGGACGACGCUCCCGACCCGGUCUGGGUUUACGAGGACGCCACCCACAGCCUGCACGCCGAGGCCAACGAGCUCCACCGCAUGCUCAAGCAAAAGGUCUCGUCGGACCAGGUCAAGGACUACCUUGACAACCUCCCCGGUGCCCGCUCGGCUCCCGGCGAGCCCAUGUCCGUUCCCGUCCUCAUGAUGGCCACCGAGACCAUCCAGCACCUCGGUUCGCGUUCGUUCUCCCACUUCCUCAACGCCACCGAGCGUUACCUCGACGUGCUCCGCCACCUCUCGCCCGACUUUGCCUCGCGCCGUGUCAUCCUCGACGCCGUGCAGUCGUUCUGGCGCCGUUCGUCCCAGAUGCGCGUCACCACCGUCGACAAGUACCUCCAGUACGGUAUUCUCGAGCCCCUUGACGUUGUCGACUUUAUCUUUUCGGAAGACUCUGCGUCGGCCGGCGACGACGCGCCCGAUGGCUGGACCGACGGCGAUAAGUGGGAGAUGCUGCGCAUGACCAUCGACAAGGUCGUUGGCCGUGUCGUCGCCGUCCGCCGCCGCCUGCGUGCCGUCGACAAGGCCGACGAAGUUGCGCGCGCCCGUCGCGCCGCCGAGCGCCUCGAGCGCGGCGAGGGCGUGGGCAUGGACGACGCCGAGGUCGACGACGAGGACAGCGGUAACGAUCGGUCCCGCGAGUCGCGCGACGCCCAGGCGUCGCUGGACCUGCAGACCAACCGUCUCGAAAAGGUGUUCAUCGCCCUCGUCCGCCGGUUCGCCGCCGAGCUCCUGCCCUGGGCGUACGGCAGCCACGAGGAGGGCGAGGAGGCCGUGGGCGGCCUCAAGGCCGUCCUCCAGCUCCUGGACAGCGACGAGGUGGCUGGCUGGCCGAUGCGCGCGCGCUGGGGCUGGUGGCGCGAGUUUGUGCGCCGCUACGCCGCACACCUCGAGCCCCUCGCAGACAGCAUCGAGCACUCGGUCUUCUCAAAGCCCGUCACCGAGGGCGAGGGUCCCGAGGCCAGGGCCGAGACCAUGGUGCGCCGUGUCUGGGCCGACGCGCUGGGCCGCGAGUAG